AUGGCCCCUCUUGCAAUUAUAGUAACCUCCCCAGAAGGCGCCCCCCACUUUGGGAACCAGUGCACUCUCAGAAUCGUGUUUGCACCUUACGGGCCGGUCUGGAGGAAGCAGCGGCGGUUCUGCCACGCCACCCUCAGGAACUUCGGCCUGGGCAGGCUGAGUCUGGAGCCGUGCAUCCAGCAGGGCGUGGCCUCCCUCAACGCGGAGCUGCUGAGGCUGAACGGCGAGCGCGGCGCCUCCGGCGUGGACCCCUCCCAGCUGAUCAGCAACGCCGUGUCAAACGUCAUCUGCUCCCUGAUCCUGGGCCGCCGCUUCCACCACGAGGAUCCCGAGUUUCGCACCAUCCUGGACCUGAUGUCGCGGGGGCUGGAGAUCUGCGUGAACAGCCCCGCGGUCCUCAUCAACGUCUUCCCGGCGUUCUACUAUCUGCCCUUCGGGGUGUUUAGGGAACUACGGCAGGUGGAAAGGGACAUGACGGUGUUCCUGAAGAGGAUUAUCGCAGACCACAGUGAGAGCUUAGACCCGGACAACCCCAGGGAUCUCACAGACAUGUACCUGAUGGAGACGCUGGCACAGCAAGCUGCAGGAGAGGAGGGCAGCAGCUUCACAGAGGACUAUCUCUUUUAUAUAAUAGGGGACCUCUUCAUCGCUGGAACUGACACCACUACCAAUUCAGUUCUGUGGGUUCUGCUGUACAUGGUCUUAUACCCUGAUACCCAAGAGCAGGUCCAGGCAGAGAUCGACAGAGUUGUGGGCAGACGGCGUCCUCCAUCCUUGACAGACAGAGGAAGCUUGCCUUUCACUGAAGCCACCAUCAUGGAGGUGCAGAGACUGACCGCAGUGGUUCCUCUCAGCAUUCCUCACAUGGCAUCAGAGACCACAGAGUUCAGGGGCUACACCAUUCCCAAGGGAACGGUCAUUAUGCCCAACUUGUACUCAGUCCACAGAGAUCCCAGCGUCUGGGACGAUCCGGGCGCCUUCAAGCCGGCUCGGUUCCUGGACCAUGAAGGAAAAUUGCUGAGGAGGGAGUUCUUCAUACCGUUUGGUGUCGGUCGGAGGGUGUGCAUGGGCGAGCAGCUGGCCAAAAUGGAGCUCUUCCUGACCGUCACGGGUCUGCUGCAGGCCUUCAGCUUCCGGCUCCCAGACGGGAAACCCGCUCCGUCUCUGCAGGGUCGGUUCGGCCUGACGCUGGCGCCCUGUCCCUUCGCUGUGUGUGUGAGCGCCCGCACCCAGGAGGGUCUCAGCUAGAUGGGCCGCUGGGACGUCUGGCAGAACCCAGAGAUGCUUCUCAGGUGUCCGACUCUGAAUCAGAGAGUUCUUAAACCAAAACGUGGCUCUUUGCAAUAUUUUAUUAUCUGUUCAUUUCAAGAAUAUUUCUCUAAUUAGUCAAAAUGUAUUUGACUAUAAAAACUAGGAUUUUAUUUUCAGGUUAUUUCACUUUAAUGCAAUGACUUUAAUGCAAUUGUGUAAAUGUUUUUAUUUGUUAAGCACUUAGGAAGAUAUUUAUCUAAUUUUAGAAGUCAUUUUAAUCUGUUAAGAUCAGGUUUUUUUAUGUUUCUAUAAAAUACCAGAUGAAGAUUUUAUUGUUUCAUGGCAAUAUUUACUGCAUAUUUUCUCUGUAUAUAUGAUUAAGAGAAGCUUUGAAUUUCUGCUCUGUAUGUAAUACAGAUAGGAUUACUAGAAGUUGGAAUAUUAAUGAGGUUAUUGUCAUAUUUUAAAUGUUUUCUGCUUUGUUUUUCUAAAAAACGGAUGCAGCUCUGUUAUAAGAAUUGUUGAAAAACAGGAUAUUAUUGGAAUGUUUUAUUAGAAGUUUUAUUUAAACAAAUGUAAUUUGUAUCUGCUGCUGAAAUGUCUGUGGAAUCGGAUAAGAGUUAUUUUUUCACGAAAAAAAAAAAAUCAAAUGUGAAAUGACAUGACUGAUCUGAGAUCAAUUAAAAUGGGAAUCAUGUUGGAA